GGCAGCGUCAGUCGCCUCCGCGGUCGACUGAGCGACGCACGGAUCUGUCUUCUCUGAACUAACAGGCCUUGGAUGUGAAGUGCACCAUUGUUUCGUUUUAGCGUUCAAGUGAAGCAUUAACUCCAUAGCUAUGGAAGAUAAGGUUCCAGUGAAAUGUCGGGCCGCAAGACUAUAAUUCUGUGUGAAUUAAUAAUAUUUCAGAAACAACCGUCUAGUUUUUGGUUCUUCAAUAUCAGUUGUCUUUAACUAUAACAACUUAAAUAUUUUCACAACUUAAUUUUGUUGCUGCUGAAUUAAAGCCUCAAACAUAGAUAACAAAUUAAAAAGAAAAAAAAAUAAAACAAACCAUUACACUGAUCGACACGAAGAUACUAGGUACGUUACUGUUAGCAGUGAGAAAAAAAAAAUAAAUAGUUUUUACACUACUACUAGUCGCCUUUCAAGGACCGUCACGCAAAUAACAUCAACGUAAUGUUAAACUACUGUUCGGACACACCGCAUUUAAAGACAGUUCUGAUUUUUUAUUUUAUAUUCUCAGUUCAAAGUUCUAAUUAUUUAAUAACUCGUUAACCAAGCAUGGAUGCCCCUGAUCAAGAAAUCGAUCAUCUGUACGCGGAACGCUACAGGAAUGAGGUCAACCCGCCGCAAUCUCCGAUCCCGAGGGACAGUCUCGAGAACAGCAGCGACGGAGGGCAUUCCGUUCGCUCUUCUCUCCGGUCUAGUGUUAGGAAAAGCGGUAACAUUCGAACUCAGUCACAAAAUUCGAGUAUAAGUGAAAAAAUUAGCAAGUUUGAAGCGACUGCCGGUCAUCAAUUAAUUCAACGUAAGUUUUUUCAAAGGAGGAAUUCACCAUCUUCUCCAAACCGACCUCUUGCCAGUCCCGAAAGUGUCGAUAGGGGAUCACCACGGCUAAAUCCUCAUCAGUUGCUCCAACGAAGCAUUCAAGCAAAAGCCAUUCCGGCACAGGUGAUGAAUGUCGAUUUUCGCGACUUGGGUGAGAAAGAAUACCUCCAACAUAAUUCAUCCUGCUCAGGGUUGAAAGAACCAUCGAAGACAUUUUGUGAUGAACACUCUCUUACGUCAGCACCAACUUCACGAAUUCCUAAAGCAUCCUCGAUCCGCAGUUUGGCGGUAGGAUUGUACUCAGUGCAAGAGCAUUCCAACGACAAUUCCCUAAAGAGGACGGAAGUCGGAAAAGACGUUAAAUCGAAACCAUUAGCAUAUUCUGAUAGUGAACCACUCAAGGUUCGAGUUAACGUAGAGGAAACCGAUGAAGCAGGCCGUUAUUCCUCAGAAUGCACACAAAACAAUGGCAAUCCUCAGAUUUAUCGGCUUAGAAAUGAGGAAUUUGAUUCUGCUAAACAAAACAUACCAUAUGACUUCAGGCAGCCGUUUCCGAAGAAUGCGGUUCCAGGUGACUUCUCUGCCAAUUUCGAAAGAAAGAUGAGCUGGACUGCUCAAAAUGGUGUGGAUUAUAAGGAUCCAACUCGCAACAAAAAUGUCCAAGAUACCUUUAACCAACUUCCACUAGAACCUGCAUUGGGGCUAAGAGAAAAUUCCAGGGGUAACGAAAUUCCGGUAGCUUCAAUGACUGAACUUGAACCAGGCAGGCGAAUGGCACAAUCUUCAGAGGGUUCGUUACAAGUUGAAGCUCCUCAGUUUGGAGUCUCCCGUAAGUCAUCAGUUAGUGAGAACCCUACUUCCCGAGAUAAAUUUCCCCGCAUGGAAGACUACGGAUUUUCUGAAGGUAGUGGCUUUGAUAUGAAGCAUCUGAUGUCGCACCAAAUAUCAAAUUUGAUGGACCGUCGUUUGUCUCAUCAAGAUCCCAAUAUCAGUUACGACAGUUCUGUGUUAGCUCAAUUAAUGACUGGCUCUACAGAGUUCCCUAAGAAAUCGCCGGUUUUCGGUCAUAAUGAAUAUCUAGACGAGGCACACACUCCUUUGACCAGUGUUAGCUACAUUAAUGACUCGCCCCUGAAUAAACGCAACCCACUUCACCAUAAUAACUCAAUAAACACAGAUCCUCUGCAAAAAAAUAAUCGAGAGCAAAUGGCAAGUCCUGAAAGUAUCUACCGGCAACCCAGUCUAGCCAAUUCCAGAACUGCAUCACAACCGUCUCCACAAGAACCGCCAGAUUUCGCAAAAGAGGCGAAUCGUCCACUGAGUCCCAUUAUUCGGAAUUCAAGCUGUCCGAUUUCAACUCCUCCUCCUGCUAUUCCGUCUAGACGUCCAUCGUUGCUAAGAGUGGUCACUGAAAAUCAAUUUCUGGAAACUUCUAAUUACCUUACCGACGGUUCUGUGGAAGAGCACGGAAAUCUUCUGUUGAAUGAUCAUGAAUCAUCAUCUCCUCCAUUCUUCCAAUCAUCAAAGGCUAGAUCAUCAGCAUCACAAAAUUUGCCUAACGAGAAAGCAAGACUCAACUCAAAUCCACUCCUUGGGCCCGGUCCAUCCAGCGAAGGAGUUUACAAAUUCGCUGAUAUUGAACGAAAAUUUGCCACGCCAAGUCCCCGAUCAAAAGCUGAGUUCAUAAACGGAGAACUAAGUAAUCCCGCUGGACUUCUUGCAUAUGUAACUCGUGAUUCCAAUUCGCCUCGCAUUGAAAGGAGUAUAACGGGCCUAAUCCGCGGGAAACGAUCACCUGGAACUGACAGCGAAGAUGGUAACUCAAGAAGAGACGCUUCGGAAUCUCCUUACUGCAAAGGCCAGGAUAACAAGCACCCGGUAAAAGUCCUUCCCUCAGAGUUAAACAGUACGGAUGUGAUUGAAAAGAUGCGUAAUCCACCGCGAAGAAAUACCGAUGAACAGAUUGCCCAUUCUAAUACAGUGGAAGACGUUAUGGUUAAAGAAUAUAAGUUGGUGAAAAAUCCCGGUAGUAGCAAGAAAAAGAAGAAGAAUGAACUCGUCAUGUCUAUCAACCGAACUAUUUCCAAGGGAAAAAAUUCGUUGCGUUUGAGAAAACAUCAAGAGUUGCUGGAAGACAGCAGCUCAAUCUCGUCACACGGAGACUUCGAUGCUGAUGGAUCACUGGAAACCGACCAUCGACUUCCAAGGACUCCAGUCGGGAAAACUAACAUUCAGUCUGCAGAAAAAGUUCCCUCUGACGACGCAUCUUCUGGCCAUUCCUCCAGAAUCUCUACUCCUAGGAAUGCCUACAGAUUUCUUGACAAUGAAGGACGUCGCUCAUCUGCCGAAUCCAUGUCAUAUAGCAGCUGUAGCGAAUCUCAAUGCAGUCGCAACGCUUUGGCGGUACGUCGUGCACAUCCCGAACCCAAAAAAGAAAAGAAACAGAAAAUGACCCCGAAGAAAUUUUGGUCUUUCACUACUAAUGUGAUUUUUCCGAAAUCCUAUCCGGAUCACCCGGAGCGGGACUCGCUGGACGGCAACCUACCCGGCUCGUCCCACGGCACAGGCAACCCGCCUCCCCCACCCGCCCCGCCUCAACCGGGGCCAGCCUCACGCGAGGCCGCCAAGCUUGCCGAACUGAACGGCCAGUCGCUAGGCCUAGGUGCCGGUGCUGCCAAGGGCGGCAAGCACAAGAAGCCCAAGAAGAUGAAGGGCGACGCCGACGACGGCGCGGGCGGAGAGGACGAAAUGCGCGACAAUUUAUCCCCGCUGGACAAGAAGGGCCACGCGUCCCGCAAACUGCGCGAGUAUCCUACCAACUCGCAUGCCUUGACCAUGCGCGACCGCGACUAUGAUGGACCGGGCGGCUACCGGAGCUGGAAAGAACCUUACAUGUACCUGUGGACGGUCAUGUCGGGCAUGUACGGCAAGCUGGUCGUGCUUCUCAUGUUCGCAUUCUGUCUCACGGAAGUGCUUGAAAAUGACGUGGCGCCUCUUACAUUUCAGGGAAUAUUCCUGAUAUACUUGUACGUUGGCUCGAUCUUUGCGAUCAUCUGCAUCUACACGAGCGUGAUCAUGGAGAACUGUCCCUCCAUGAGCGCCAGUAAAGAAAACCUCACCAAGCAAGGAGAUCCCGAGGUAGGAUCCAUCAACUCCUUUGGGACGCUCAAAAGAGCGCACAUCUCCAGGUCCAAGACCUCCAGGACCUCCUUCUACUUGAGGAUUGGAGCCCUCGUGUUUGGCCUGGUCACUCUGAUCUUCAAUGGCCUGGAGAUCGCGAUGCACUCAACCAUGCGCGACGACUGCGCCCAGGACGUCAUGUUCGCGCACCCCAUCAUGCAGGCGCUCUUCACCUUCCUGCAGAUGCACUUCCUUUUCGUCAAUUCCGAGGUGGUUGUGGAGAAGUUUGGCCAGAUCGCCAGGUUUGCGUUCAUGCAUCUUGUUGCGACAAACUUGGCUAUCUGGGUUCGCAUGGUCGUCUGGGAGUCCGCCAAUGAUUGGAUCAGACUCAACUAUGGCUCAAGUGAUUUGUACGACAUGCCGUGGCACGCUCAGAAGGUGCUGCACCUACACACGUGCUACCAUAACAACACCCUGGGGCGACUCUGGACAGGCUCCCAACAGCAGUUCUUCCCCUUCCUUAUUGAGUACAGUCUCAUCGCUGCUGCCGUGACGUACAUAAUGUGGCGCAACGUUGGCAAGGAGCACAUCAAGAGCUUCUCCAAUCUCUCAAAGGCAAUUCUUGAAGAAACUCUGCAUGAGAAGCGAGGACGCAAGGGGCAUUGGAAGGUGGAUUGCCGAUCAGCUUCAAAAGGCCUGUUCCUGGGCCUGCUGGUGCUGGUGGGCGGCAUUGUGAUCUUGAUCAUAUUCUUCGUGAUGAAAGAUCAUGAUGGUUUCGACGAAAAAAUGUUCUGGAUGGUGAACGGCUCUCAGAUUAUAAUUCUUUCACUGUCCAUCUUGAGCUGCCUCAUUGGUUUCUGGCAAAUCCCCAAACUCGCGGUUUCAUCGACCAAACCUCUGGAGCUCGACAGGUUGUUGCUCUCAUGCACAAUUGUUGGCGUGUACAUCUUUGCGAUCUUCGGGAUGAUCGUCGGCGGACUGUACAUCGAUGAACAGAAGCUGAUGACCAUUUUCUGCUCCUGCUGCUUACUUGUUAUUCAGGUGUCUCUACAAGGCAUGCUCGUGGCAGAAGCUAGCAGGAGGACAUGUUCUACAAGGCUACAGCAGCUCGUCAAGCCAGGGCGACAAGUGAUCACUUUCUUGCUCUUCUCCAACAUCACUUUAUGGAUACUGGACAGCUUCAUCACUCACUCGACGCUCUCCCAACAAUUCCAGAUCGGAUUUUAUGGUACCCUUGCUUGGGGUAUCAUUUCAAGAAUAUCUCUGCCGCUUAUGAUUCUAUUUAGGUUCCAUUCGGCGGUCAUUUUGGUCGAAAUUUGGAAGAACACGUACCGAACAAAAGCCGAAUAGGACAGGUCACCUUCAGCCAACCGCAAGCCUCCCUUCAUACCCUCGUAUUUCAUUAAAUCUUGCAGAGAAGUUCAAACUAGGAGAAGGUCUCCACGUGCAAGGUGGUCAACCCGACGGUAUGGAACCAGAAAUCGCCGUGAAAUGUUUAAUUCCUCUCGUAUUAACGAGAGAAAACUCAAAUACGCCACUACCCACAAUUCAUUUUCUCGCAAGAUGGUGAACAUUUACGCUAUGAGCCCCAAGAGCAAAUCUUUCCGCAUGAAUCGCUUGAUUGGGAAAAAUAAAAUGUUUGAAGCUCUUGAAAGUCCAAAGCGGUUUCACAGAUUCAUCACGCUCCCUAACUUCAUGGAAAUUUAUCCUACGUUAAGACGCUCUGGAAAUAAGGGCUUUGAAGCAGCUGAUCAUUGUAAUUAUGCCGCACUGAACAAGCACCGUCGAUUACUCCAGAGCAGGCAUUUUAGUUCGUACCGACAAUUCAAUAACGAUUACCAUACCAGUGACGAUACUUUGAACUUGAGUGAAAACACUGAUUACAUUUUCGGUUUUGGACGUCAGACUAGGAAUGAAAAUAAAGGCAGGUCGUUCAGAAGAGACUCACAAGUAGACCCGUGUCAAGAAGGCUCAGAACUUACUCCCGAUAAUCGUACGACUUCCAAAUUAACAACUGCUGAAGGUUCGGAAAACCAAAUCGUCAACGAUUUGUUUGAUGCUCGGGAUAUGACUGAGUCUAGCGAAGUUGUUCACGAACUCCUAGAAAUCGUGCACACGGAAACUGAGCUCGAGCAGAGAAGGACUGAUAUCCUUGGUAAGUCUAGUUCUGACGAGCCUGGAACUAGUGAGUGCAGUCAAAAGAGGUCUGAACGUCUCAAAGCCGUUGUCCAAAACUGGAAGAGGGAAGAAGCCUACGCCUUCUCUUCCAAAGACUCUUGGUCUUUGAAGAAGUUCAAUGACCUCCACAGCUCUAUUGUUGUUCAAACAAACACCCCGAAAAUUAUUGGUUGGUCUACCGACGCUAAACCAGAUUCUUCCGACACAUUCAUGACGACGGACGACCUCCGUUACUUCACUCAAGUACCGAUCCGACAAAGACUGCGGGAAUCCUGGAAAAACCAAGGACUAAAAAACAACUACAUACGUAAACUGAACCCUGAUGACAAUUUCGCUGCUUCUGGCAGUCGAUAUAUUACGGAUGGCAAGCAAGAUUCGGGCGGACCUGAAGAAUAUUUGCGGAUAACCCGACCUGUGCAUCUGCUGCCACUUCCUCGCGACCUCGUCCUUUUACCUCGGAAGGAUGGAGGUGUUUUUGUCGACGAAGAUUUAUGACUUGAAGGUUAAAGUUGACUGAAGGUGGUUUGACUUUACGAGGUGCGACUUAAUUUUUACUUAUCAAGUUACUCUCAUCAUAUGUAUUUAAUUGAUGACUCUGAAAUUAGGUUAACAUAAUUUAUUCCAAUUUUGAGUGCGUAUCAAUUAUGCUUGGCGUUUGUAUACCUUCAGCAUUAGAACAAAUUUCCAAGUCUUGUUGGUCAAGACUCUUGUUGAGCAUUAUUUUCGUAUCUUUAUUUUGUUGGAAAUUAUUUUAAUCCUAAUUAAUAAGAAUGAUCGUUUUUCACCUGAAGAAGUGUUUUUAUUUCAUGAAAUGACUUUUCAUCACAUUGUCGUAAGGAUUAUUUUCCCUCACAAAUCUCAUCUGAUAUUGAACAAUUAAUGAUUGUUGAACAAUUACGAAUUUUUUAUAGCCUACCUUAUUCCACAUUGUGCAGUGAAGGUCUAAAAAUACAGUAUUAAUCCAAUACAGAAUCUAAUAUUUGAGUUUCAUAAAAUAAUUUAAUAAAUUUGUAUCAUGAUUGAGAUACUGUAUAUUGUUCAUUAUAUAAUUAGGUGAAGGCAUACAUGACUGGAUUGUUAAUUGUUAUGGGCUGAUGGUUCUGUAAAAAGAAAAUAACGUUAUAUUUAUUAAUAAAAUUUAAGGAAUUCUG